AUGCUCCUGCUUGGCGUCUUAGCAGCGCUCUGGCGCUGCAUGUCUCGCAGAGUAUUCUACGAGAUCCUCUUCGUCUGCCUGCUCUCACGCAUCUACGCCAUGAGUGUCGCCAUGGGCCUAGGACUCUUUGAUGCUCGUCGCGUCUGUUCAGACCCGCAGUACAAGCCCCCGAUCAGCAAUAUGUUCGCCCCCGAACUGCACGGAGGCCGUGGUCUCAUGUGGAUGCUUCUUGCUUGGCAAGUCCCCAUCAUCCUCAUAUUCUACUCCUGGGAAUACCGGCAACAAGACGGCGACGAAGACCUCACGCUCGAUAACCUUGAGGAAAACUGGAAACGAGUGUUAGGCCUUAUCUAUCGCUAUGCCAUCACUGGGAGUGUCGUGGCUGUUCUCCUUCAUGGCGUGUACAUCCUCGGCGACAUCAACAACACAUACAUCGUAUAUGCGCCAAUCCUCACCGUCAUCUUCACCGACGCAUUCGUUUGGCCCCUCGUGACGUGGAUCAAGACUGGCCGAGGCAUUCCACGACCGCCAGAGCCAGAGCCAGCACCUGUCCCAAUAAUUCCUUGGAGAAUAAUAGGAACGUACGAUGAUCUCCUUGAGGCCUUCCCAAUUCUGAGACAACACGAUGUCCCGCUUGAGGACCAAUGCGCAAUUUGCUGCGAGACCUUCCAAGACGUUUGCGACGAUCGCGGCAUCAUCAUUAAGAUUCCCGGAUGCGAGCACGUAUUCUGCCAGACAUGCAUCAGCGGAUGGCUGCAUCAAGGUGGUCAUACUUGCCCCUUGUGUCGCUACGACUUCGUUCGCGAUGCCGAGGGCCUCUUGGAUUACCCGUCGCGCAUCGGCACUGUUAACACCGACGUCACCUUCAACCUUUCGUUGACACGCAUGUUCUGGGCAGUACUAGGGCUCUGUCGCAAGCUGCUCAUGGUUUUCGUCAACGACCGCAUCAAUACGACCUUCGGUCUCGCCAUGGCAGUCUUCCACAUACUCCUUGCAGCACCCUUCCGCCUAUUGAUAGCGCUCAUCCGUGCGCUUUUGGAGCUAUGCGAGUCUCUCAAGUUCGUGCAACACUGA